UGGACUGCUUAAUAAUACACUGCAUAAUCUAACAUCAUGUUAUCAUUAAGUCUCUGAAAGUGACAUUAGAAGAGGAGAUGGUUUUGUAAUCUGAUGUUAUAUGUCUGUUCUUACAUUGUAUGUUAUCUUUUAUUAUAUGUUGGUCCGGGUGUUGUUUAACAAUAAAUGUUGUUUUAGUUUUUUUGAAGCCAAACUAGUCAUCUUGUCGACCGUAGUAGUUCAUAAAAGAUAAGAAAAAAAAUAAUCUUGAAUUAAAAAAAUUAAUAACUACAGUAAUAUAAUCAUAACAAAAAAUUGUCAUUUAAAAUCCACGGCCAUAGGACAUUUCAUUGCUAUGAACAAAAAAGUAAUACUUUACAAUUACUAGUAUUAUUUAUUUAAUUUGUUUUUUUCCUGACUAAAUGUUAAAACUUGGUUCCUUGUACUUCCUUUUCUUUAUGCAUGUAAAGUUCCAAAUAAGGGCAGUGGGUGGCGGAAAUGCAACAAUGUGCUCCCACUGCAAUAAAGCAGAAGACUAGCUAGCCGUCCGCGGUGUAGCCUGGCGGCUCACCGUCCGACUGCAGCCUGACCGCGGCGCCCCCUGGAGGCUCACCGUCAGACUGCAGUCCGCGGCGCCCCCUGGCGGCUCACCGUCAGACUGCAGUCUGCAGCAUCAACAGACGCAGCAGAAACAAACUUCCAGUCGCAGCAUGGAUUUCAACAUGAAGAAACUGGCUUCUGGCGCCGGGGUGUUCUUCACACGGGCGGUACAGUUCACGGAGGAGCGGCUCGGUCAGGCCGAGCGGACCGAGCCGGACGCGGACCUCGAGCGGCUGGCGGGCCGCGCCGACGUCACCCGGCUCUGGACCGAGAGGAUCUGCCGGCAGACCGAAGUGCUGCUGCGGCCCAAUCCCGGUGUCCGGAUGGAGGAGUUCCUGUAUGAGAAGCUGGACCGCACGGCGCCGCAGAGGCCAGCCAGCGGCCAGCUGCUAGGCCGCCACAUGGAGGACGCCGCCAGGUCCCUGGGCCCAGAGCUGGCCUACGGCCGGGGCCUGCUCCUGGUGGGCGCGUGUGAGCAGCGUCUGGGCCGGGCGGAGCGGGAGUUCUCCCAGGUCUCAGCCGUGGCUCUCAUCGGCCCACUGAGAGACUUCCUGGAGGGCGACUGGAGCCUCAUCACCAAAGAACGCCGUCUGCUGGAGAACCGCCGUCUGGAUCUGGACGCCUGCAAGGCCCGACUGAGGAGAGCCCAGGCCGCCGAGAGCAAGGCUGCAACGCAGCCUGACUUCCAGGAGACCAGACCUCGGAACUACGUCCUGUCUGCCAGCGCCUCAGGGCUCUGGACCCAGGAAGUUGAAAAGGCUUCUGGUCUGCAGGCUGGAGAUGAGCUCCAGCGAGCGCAGGCGGAGUUUGACCAGCAGGCGGAGGUCACCAAACUACUGCUGGGGAACAUCAGCAGCACACACGUGAACCACCUGCGCUGCCUGCACGAGUUUGUGGAGGCCCAGGCAGCGUACUACAAGCAGUGUCACCUGCACAUGGAGGACCUGCAGAAGGAGCUAGCGUGCGGCUCCGCGGGGGGCUCUGGCCAGCAGGGGGAGCAGAGUGGGGGAGGGGGGGACCCCCCCAGCCCCCCCCCAGGAAGCCGCCGCGCCCGGGUCCUGUUUGACUACGACGCGGCCGACGCCUCGGAGCUGUCGCUCUACGCAGACCAGCUGAUUACAGUGUAUACAGUGCCUGGGAUGGAUUCUGAUUGGCUGAUCGGAGAGAGAGAAAACCACAGAGGAAGAGUUCCUGUCACCUACCUGGAGCUGCUCAGCUGAACACACACACACACACACACACCACACGAACGCAUACACACACACACACGCGCUCUAAGACUGAUCCUAGUCAGCAUGUGAUGGGACUGAUGUUAGCUAACAUGUGAUGGGACUGAUGUUAGCUAACAUGUGAUGGGACUGAUGUUAGCUAACAUGUGAUGGGACUCAUGUUGGCUAACAUGUGAUGGGACUGAUGUUAGCUAACAUGUGAUGGGACUGAUGUUAGCUAACAUGUGAUGGGACUGAUGUUGGCUAACAUGUGAUGGGACUGAUGUUAGCUAACAUGUGAUGGGACUGAUGUUAGCUAACAUGUGAUGGGACUGAUGUUAGCUAACAUGUGAUGGGACUGAUCCUAGUUAGGAACAGUCCUAUCACAUGUUAACUGACUUUUUUGUGUGCAUUUGUCUUCAAACACAGCAGAGCCAAACUGCCCAGGUCCUCUUUUAGCCAAUCAGAGAAGUCCACUAACCUGCCAUGGGAGCGCUCUGUCUGGAGGGGGGGGGGGUAUCCAAUAAUAUAUAUAUCAUUGAGGUUACUAAUAAGGAUUAUUGUUAAUGUUAUGUUUUAUUUAACUUUGUGCCACGGAUGUGCAGCCUACUUCUGGAACCAGACAGUCUGGUCAUGUGAUGUUUACAUAUUUAUUUAUUUUGCUGUUCUGUCUGUCUGUCUGUCUGUCUGUCUGUCUGUCUGUCUGUCUGUCUGUCUGUGCGUGUGCGUGCGUGCGGGCGUUUGUGUUUCUCCUGUCUGUAUUGUAUAUGUAUGUAUUUUCCCGGAUUACGCUUUCAAUUAAAAAAAACUUACAAAUAAUAAACAAUG